UGGCCACGGCCGUGAGGUAAAAUUUCCCCUCAGAGGACGAGAAACGCUGUGGCUAAACUGCUCUUCUGUUUAUUCCUCUUACAUUCGCUCGAAGAGGACUUAACCCGGGUCAGUCAUGGCUGGUCGGUCCGUCUGUUCGCGUCGUCCGUUUGUCACAACUCGGUGAGAAGGAGGGAAAGAGAGCCGAGCUCGUCGAAGGAGAGAGAGAGAGCGCGCGGGGGGGAGGUAGACAUGUCAUGAAGUAGCAGCGAGCUAACCGUCAGAAAAAAAACAAGAAACAACAAAAAUAGCAGCCUCGUCUCAGCGAAGUUGUAACUCACCGUAAAAGUACAUGCCGACUCUGUUUGGAACAUUUGUUUUUCACAUUUGGGAAGAUCUGUUUUUUCGCCGUUUUACCUCAGACGUCCUUUUAGGCUGGAGAGGCUGACAAUGAUGGUGGCAGCGGGGCUUCUCGCUGCAACACAGCGUCGGUGCUGCUGCGCUGAAUUGGACUUUUGAGCUGGGUUUUCGUGCAACGUUACCCCCCGUCUGCACCACAGAUUUUCCCAGUAGGCUUAAAUAUAUCGAAUUUGUCUCGGUGACCUACCCGACUGUAUGUUUUCUUUAGGCUAGUGAAAUAUGAACUGGUUAACUGUAGCAUAGAGCAGACAUCGUCAGGUAUCGUUACACUGCACCGACAGCAGCAGUGAUUCUGAAGGAAUUCGCUGUUUGGACUCGCCUCUCCUGUGUUUAAUGCAGUGGCUCCAUUGCGUUAUUAGACUACCAGUCUGUCCAUCCCCGUGUUGAGUUGUGAAGCAUAAGACUAGGGCUCGCCUCCAAGGUAACAUGUCUGCCAUGUAUGUGGCCAGCAAGAGGAAAACCUCAAGGCCACAAAUGAAGGCCCAAAUACCAGAAGUCUCAAAAAUAAUGGAGAGAGAGGUUGCGGCGGGUGGGAGUGUAACAUCCAUGAGUGAGGAGACAAGCUCCCAAAAGAUAAAGAGAACAUAUGGCAGAAAAAAGUAUUACGAUCUUCAGCCAGUAACCAUGGGUUCCACAGAAGGGGCAUCAUCGUGCUCUUCAGUAGUCCAUGCCAAUUUAAUGAAUGGAUCUGAAGGUCAGCCCGUCGCCACUGGUCAUGCCACUACAUCCAUAAUGGAGGGAAAAGUUGGGUCCAACGUAGAGAUUAUGAGGGAGACAGAGUUUGAGAUGAAAAAGAAGCGGAAAAUGGAGGAAGUGGGCCAAACCUCGCUAAAGAAGUAUAUUGAGGAAGUGAAACAGACAGUGCCUGUCAUAGUUCCUGUAGCACAGUAUACACAGAGGAAUCUGGCGACUAGCAGUGCUGUGGCCCAGAGUUCGUUUUCCUACAUGAAGAAAGAGGCUCCAGUUUAUCCUCCAGGAAGUCAAGAGGAGAGAUGGCAGCUGCAGAUUCUAGCUAAGGGCAGAGUCACGUGCCCCAAAUGCAAAAGUGUUGGGAGGAAAACGGUGGAGGGCCUGAAGAAACACAUGGCGGCCUGCAAACUGCAUUAUUUCACAUGUCAGCAUUGUGGAAAACAACUGAAGACCUCAACUGGGAUGAAGUACCACCUCAUGGCUGACCACAAUAAGCUGCCCACCCCAGAAGACGGGAAUGGAUUCGAUGACCAGGCAGUGAAAGAGAAAUUAAGAAAAGUGUUGAAGAGGCUGGGAAAAUUAAAAUGCUCAAAGGAGGGAUGCACUGGCAGCUUCACCAGUAUAAUGGGCUACGUGUACCACAUGAAGAAAUGUGGUAAGGAGGAGUCGGAGCUGGAGAAGCUUCUUAUGAACUGCAAGCACUGUGGGAAGCCUUAUCGCUCAAGAGCAGGCUUGGAAUACCAUCUCAAGUCUGAGCAUGGACCGGCGUCUCAAGUGGCUGCAAACGAGGAGGUCAGGGCUCAGAUGGAGCCCAACACAGAGCAUGUACCGAGUGGCAGGGUUAAACGUUUGUCAGCUCAGGUGGCCAUCUUCCACCUGCGGGAAAUUGCCAAUCAGGAGCUGCUAAAGGAGUGGCCCAAGAGGAAGGUGCAGCGAGACCUGGUUCCUGAUGACAGGAAGCUGCGGUAUUCCCGUCCCGGAUUACCUGCCUUCAGCCAGGAAGUCUUGCGAAAGUGGAAGAAUGAGGUGAAACUGCAAAGAAAAGUGCAGUGUCCCAACAAGGGUUGUGGUUGCUAUUAUACAAGUGUGUCGGGGCUGAAGGCUCACCUUGGGCUCUGCACGCUGGGGGACUUUCACACUGGGAAGUAUAAAUGCCUGAUAUGUAAGAAAGAAUUCAACUCGGAGAGCGGCGUGAAAUACCACAUCAACUCUGUUCAUUCCCAGGACUGGUUUGUGGUCAGCACUAAGACCAAGACAAAGACCAAAGCCAAGGCCAAGGCCUCCACCUCCGACAGGCGGCUGAAGCCCAAGCCCAAGCCCAAGUUCCACAGCAGGGAGGUCUCCUGCAUUCCCAUGCCAAACCCGGCCCUCCGUUUCCCCCAAGGACCCUGCACCUGGCAGGACACCCAAGCCCCAGCAGAGGCCAUGUCCAGCGAGAUGGUGCUCCCAGAAACGUCGCAAGGAAGGAGGAAGGAAGAAAGGCAGUGCAGGAAAAGCAAGAGGAAUACCCAGGAUAAACAAUGCUAUGAGUACUGCGCCAGCGAAGGCCACAGCAGCAGCAGCGGAAGCGGAAGCUCCAGCAGUGAGUCAGAAGCAGAGGAUGCGGAAGCUUCCAGUCAUGAUGUCUGGACUCUGAAAAAGCCCCUCACUCAGCCAGAGUGAGCCUGAAGCCGCUGGGCUUCUCACAAUAAGAAGUGUUUCUCUUCGGUCAACUUUGAGGAAAAGUGCUGGAGAGUGUACAGUGUUGUGUGUGUGUGUGUGUGAGUGAGUGUGUGUGAGACCUUUUAAAGUACUACAGUGCCUGUUGUGUCAUGAGGGUGAUUUCACAUAUGAAAUUGGCUGGUCGGCAAGAUUCACAUUCCAAACACUAUCUUAUUUUAAUUUGUAUGUGGGGCGCAAAAUGGCACUUUUCUAAUCAUCUAAACCUGUCGAUCCACAGUGCAUGGAACUCACUGAGCCUGAACCACGAGCCUGACGAUUACAAAGAACUGUUCUGACUACCGUUCAGAGGACGGUGUAUUUUCUACAUUUUUAGGGUCCACAACUUGAAACGUUAGCUGCGUUCCAAAAGCUAGCCUGCAGCUGAGAACGGUGCAAAACAGAACGGUCUACCAAGGCCACUUUGUGGCAGCAACAGAAAGGAGUCAGUACACGGAAUAUGGUGGAGAAAUACUGCUGGUGUGAGCGAUGAUGUGAUGGAUAAUGUGGCCGUCAAACAAUUUAGUUUCUAAAUUAAAUGUGGUCCAGAGGCCGUCUUACAGAAACAUCUUAAGUCUGAAAUCUUAUCUACUUAGUCACCAUGACAACUUGAGUUAGGACUGAAUUUAGGACAGAAGGUAAUACAGAACAACAGUUCUUAAGUUUAUAAUCUCAUCAUUAACUCCAGAUAAGAAAACAGCAUCACAUAAACAUCCUAACUAUACUAAACCUCCUAAAUACUGUCCUGACUUUAUGAACCCCAGAGCUGUUUUUACUUCUGUUUUAACCAUCUGUUUCUAUUGUGUUCAGUUUCAGGCAGCACAGUUCACUAUAACCAGCAUAAUGACGCUGCAUUUAUCUACACUGAAAACUGAGCUUGAGUGACUUAGAGUUUUUUUUUCCAACAGCAUUUUAAAAUCUCAGACGCUGCAGACUCGAUCUCCACUGUCCCUCUUAUUACCUUCGUGUGUUAAUGUUGAUGAUGAAAUAUUACAGUGAUGAGGAGUAACGCUAGCACGCUCGGCUAAAGCUUUUGGGAAAUGGAGACAAACUGGGGAGCGGUGACGCUCUGAUGAACAGCAGGGGGCGCUCUAACAAUAUUCUUCACUCUCAGUUUAUCAUGCUUUAGUUUUAUUAGACCUUUUGUAUAUCAGUAACGGUAGCUAGUGUUAGCUGUCUGACUAACUACCUUGAUUACUUUGAUGACGUGUUUACGUUUCAGCUGUGCGCGCCUGCUUGCUAGGUAACAGACACGACAGUUGAUUGUCGACUUCAGUCGAGAAAGUUAAGAUUUCUUAACUUGAGAUAAGAUGCUGUAAGAUAAGAUUCCUAAAUUAAGAUUCUUUAAUACAAAUUUGUGAAAAAUCUUAUCUUGAUCUGUCAGAUCUCAAUUUAAGACAAAAAGAUAGGAAGUUUCUGUAAUACGACCCCUGGAAGCUAAAACCUCUUGAACUCGCUGAAAGCAGCUGCAUCUCACCCGCUGCAGUCAGUUUACACCUUUUUUAAAGAGAUACACAAAGCAAUAACGUCCUGUAUAUUUUACUGGCCUUUUUAAAUAAUCUGCUGUGCAUUUUUCUUGAACUUUCUCCAGGUCAGGCAUAGUGCUGGGCGAUAUGACCUCAAAUCAGUAUCACAAUUAAUUGAAUAUUUUACCUCGAUUACGAUUAAUGAAUGAUUAUUUAGAUUUUUUUUUUUACCCUCAUAGUUCACUGACAAGGUUUGUACUGUAAAUAUGUUCUGCAUAUCUUAAUGUAAAUCGUCUCAACAGCCAGAUCAGAAUUCAU